AUGAACCUCGGCGAGGAGGAGGAAAAGCCGGCGCUGGAGCAGUUUGGCAUCGACCUCACCGCGAGGGCGAGAGACGGAAAGCUCGAUCCCGUAAUCGGAAGAGACGCGGAGAUCCAGCGGACGAUCCAGAUCCUCUCGCGACGUACGAAAAACAACCCUGUGCUCAUCGGUAAUGCCGGAACGGGCAAGACGGCCAUCCUCGAAGGCCUCGCCCUGCGCAUCAUUCGCGGCGACGUGCCCGAGAGCGUAAAGAACAAGAGGGUCAUAAGCCUGGACCUUGGGUCGCUCAUUGCGGGGGCCAAGUUCCGCGGCGACUUCGAGGAGCGCCUGAAGAAGGUCUUGGACGAGGUCCAAAAGGCCGAGGGCGAGGUGAUUCUCUUCAUCGAUGAGCUGCACACCUUGCUCGGCCUGGGCAAGGCGGAGGGCUCCAUUGAUGCCUCGAACCUCCUGAAGCCCGCCCUGGCCCGCGGCGAGCUCCAAUGCUGCGGCGCCACCACCCUCACCGAAUACCGACAGAUCGAAAAGGACGUAGCCCUCGCCCGCCGGUUCCAGCCCAUUAUUGUUAGCGAGCCCUCCGUUGAGGACACUGUCAGUAUUUUGAGAGGCAUCAAGGACAAGUACGAGGUGCACCAUGGUGUCCGAAUCACAGACGGCGCCUUGGUUGCCGCCGCCGCCCUCUCCAACCGGUACAUCACAGAUCGGUUCCUCCCGGACAAGGCCAUCGACUUGAUGGAUGAAGCCGCCAGCCACCUGAAGUUGCAGCAUGAGUCCAAGCCCGAGGACAUCAUGCGCCUGGACCACAAGAUCAUGACCAUUCAAAUCGAACUGGAAAGCCUCCGCAAGGAAAAGGACGUCGCUAGCAGAGAGCGCCGCGAGAAGCUUGAAAAGGACCUGGAGGGCUACAACAACGAGAUAGCCGAGCUCAACGCUAGGUGGGACAAGGAAAAGGCGGAGAUUGAAUCGGUCAAGAAGGUGCAAGAAGACCUUGACAAGGCCCGCUUCGAGCUCGACCAGGCACAGCGUGUGGGCAACUUUGGCCGCGCGUCGGAGCUCCGGUUUGGUGUCAUUCCGGACCUGGAGGCCAAGCUGCCGUCCGACCAGGAGUCGCAGCAGGAGAAGAGCGAUGACGCGCUUGUUCACGACGCGGUCACGUCCGACGACAUUGCAAAUGUCGUGUCGCGCAUCACGGGCAUCCCGGUCUCGAAGCUGACAUCGGGCCACAUCGAGAAGCUCGUGCAUAUGGAGGACACGCUGCGGGAAGCCGUUAAGGGCCAGGACGAGGCCAUCAAGGCCGUGUCCGAUGCCGUGCGGCUUCAGCGCGCUGGUCUUAGCGGCGAGAACCGGCCCCUGGCCUCCUUCUUCUUCCUCGGCCCCACCGGCGUGGGCAAGACGGAACUCUGCAAGAAGCUCGCAGGCUUUCUCUUCUCGACCGAGUCCGCCGUCGUGCGAUUUGACAUGUCGGAGUUCCAGGAGAAGCACACCAUCUCGCGCCUCAUCGGCGCCCCGUCCGGCUACGUCGGGUACGAAGACGCCGGGCAGCUCACCGAGGCGGUUCGGCGCAAGCCGUACGCGGUGCUGCUCUUCGACGAGUUCGAGAAGGCGCACCGCGACAUCUCGGCCCUGCUGCUGCAGGUGCUCGACGAGGGCUACCUGACGGACGCGCAGGGCCACAAGGUCGACUUCAAGAACACCAUCAUCGUCUUGACGUCAAACCUGGGCGCCGACAUCCUCGUCGGUCAGAACGUCAUGCACCCGUACAAGGAGAACGCCGACGGAGAAAUGGACCCCUCGGUGCGCAAGGCAGUCAUGGACGUGGUCGCCGAGGCGUACCCGCCCGAGUUCCUCAACCGCAUCGACUCCUUCAUCAUCUUCAAGCGCCUCGCCCGCAGCGCCAUCCGCGACAUCGUCGACAUCCGCCUGCGCGAGCUCCAGCACCGCCUCGACGACAAGCGCAUCACGCUCGCCGUCCCCAACGACGUCAAGGACUGGCUCGCCGAGCGCGGCUACGACCCCAAGUUUGGCGCCCGCCCCCUCAACCGCCUCAUCACCAACGAGAUCGGCAACGGCCUCGCCGACAAGAUCAUCCGCGGUCAGCUCAAGAUGGGCCAGGCCGCCGAGGUCAAGAUCCGCGACGACAAGGAGGGCCUCGAGGUCGUCAACGUCUCCGAGGAGGCGUAA